UCUCCCCGAGCCAGCGCCCCUCCUCUGCAGCGCUGACGGUACAACGAUAUAAUAAUGAUGGGUGGCUGAGGCUCGCAUUUGAACUUGCAGGCUCGCUCCCUUUGCCCACUGCUCGGUCCCGGCUCCGCCGCUCGGAGUCAGGUGCUCGCCGGCGGGAAGCGAGCGAAGGAGGGGAGACCGAGCUCCGGCACAAGGGGAGAGCCCGGAACCACCGGCUCCUUCCAGCACUAACGAGGGGAUUUACUCUUUCAUGCGGCCACUGGGAUCUCUGGACUAGCCCAGCCACCACGUUGUGAUUUUUUGCUAUCUCUGCAAUACGCUACCUUUUAAGGUCAAGAUGUUGUUAAGUAUAAAAAGUAUCUUAUGGAUGUACUCUACGUUAGCUAUAACAUAUAUGCUACCUAAAGUUAAAGCAGAAAAAAAAACCCUGGUCAAGGGAUCUCUCUCUGGAACUUCAGUCCUGCCAUGCUUCUUUUCAACCACACCCACCAUCUCCUCCAGCUAUGCCGCCGAGUACCUCCGGAUCAAAUGGUCCAAGGUGGAACUGGACAAAAGCGGGAAGGACGCCAAGGAAACCACGGUCCUGGUGGCCCAAAAUGGCAACAUCAAAAUAGGCCAGAGCUACAAGGACAGGGUGUCUGUCCCCAGCCAUUCCGAGGAGAGUGGGGAUGCCUCGCUGACCUUCUCCAAGCUGCGCGCCAGCGAUGCCGGGGUCUAUCGCUGCGACGUCAUGUACGGAGUGGAGGACACACAGGGCAUCAUCUCUCUGGCUGUAGAGGGUGUUGUGUUUCACUACCGGGCUGCCACGAGCAGGUACACCCUGAACUUCACACAGGCUCACCAGACCUGCCGGGACAACGGCGCCGUCAUGGCCAGCCCAGAGCAGCUGAAGGCAGCCUAUGAGGAUGGGUUUGAGCAGUGUGAUGCUGGAUGGGUGUCUGACCAGACUGUCAGGUAUCCAAUUAGACAUCCCAGAGUGGGCUGCUUUGGAGAUAAGAUGGGAAAGAAAGGAGUCAGGACCUACGGGCGCCGCUUCCCUAACGAGACUUACGAUGUUUAUUGCUACGUGGAGCACAUGGAAGAUGAAGUGGUCCACGUCUCAUCCCCCCAGAAGUUCACCUUCGAGGAAGCCAGGGAGCUGUGUGAGGAGCGAGGAGGUGUCCUGGCUUCCGUGGGGAACCUCUACGUGGCCUGGAGGAACGGCUUUGACCAGUGUGACUACGGGUGGCUGGCGGACGGCAGCGUCCGCUACCCGGCCUCCGUGGCGCGGCCCCAGUGCGGCGGGGGUUUACUUGGGGUGAGAACCCUGUAUCGCUAUGAGAACCAAACAGGCUUCCCUUACCCCGAUAGCAAGUUCGAUGCCUACUGCUAUGAACCUAAAAAAGUCACAACAGAGCCUACAACCAUUGAGCCUGUGACAUCCCUGAGAACUGACAGCGUGAAAUCGUCGCCUGCUGGAGCUCCUCUGGAACCUCCCAUCUCUGAGACUCCGCUCACUGAAGUGCCAGCCACCCAAACAGUUUCUUUGGAGGAAACAACCCCAGAGUCUGAGGAAGACACAGAAAUGACUACUGAUGUGGCUGAGGAGAAAAGGGAGAUGGAGGUGCUCAUGGAGAACAUUCCGCUCACCACCCUUCUACCUCAGACUGUCACCGACGGCGAAACUUUCACUUAUGACACACUGGGAAGGACUGGGUACGAUGUCUCACCCAGGCUAACAGACACCACGGCCCCAGAUCUGGAACUGGAUCACACUUACUCUGAAGCAGAGUUGCCCGAGGAACAAGGUAGGUCUGAAAGCAUUGAGGACGCUUUCUUGACCUCUGUAAUUUUUCAGGAUAGCACAGCUGUAGCUAAGAGUUCCACUGGUUUUUGGGAAGAUGCUGAAACGGGAGAUGCACAGAGGCAUGAUGUUGAUAAUCAGACUGAGCAAAUAGAAGUGGGUCCUCUGAGGACAGCUACAGAUAGCUUCUUACAGACUUCUCGGAGAGAGGCUGCCAGGACAGGGACUGCAGAUUCACUAACAAAAGAGAACGUGUCUCACAGUGCUCACCUCACAAAUGCACCCACGGAAAAACCACUGGAGGCAAAAUCUGACGAGAAACUCACAACUGUUGUAAUCCCUAAAGCUUUUCUCACUGCUGAGUCUGCGGAGAGGGAGGGCAGUGAGAGCAUGCACACUGCUGUGUCUGGCACAGAUUCUGGGGUGGCUGCUGGUCAUUACCCAAGACCAGAAGUGCCUGCUGCAUCAGAGACACUCCUAGAUGAGCAAGCAGUAACUGCUGGACGGUUUUCUGCAGCGAAAGAGUCAACGCCCUGGGUUAAAUUUAGCUCUGCAACAGCAUUUGACAGCGAGGCCUCAGCUCAAGGGAGCACAGAGGACCUGAGGGAUGUGCAGCCCACCGUAGCAUCUGGAACACCUGUAUCCUUUUCUGUGUCAGCUGCUGAUCAAACAGAAUCUGAGGCCCUCUCUGGAAGCACUGAUGCCCUGCCAAGCUUUGGAGAAGGCACCAUGUCUCUUAUCCCCUCAUCUCAGCAGACAGAAGCAUCAGCUGUCUUAGAGGAGCAGGAGGAAACAGAACAGCCAGAAAUGAGGACUACAGAUGUGGAGGUCCCUCAUUCCACAGCUGCCAUUCCUGCAUGUGUUGCGGCAGAAUCUGAGGGAUGUUCUGCAAGGGAGAAGACCACACAGGCCCCUCCAGGUUCUGGCACGUGGCUGCCAACAGAUAAAGAGGAGGGGUAUAUGACAGAAGAGUCAUCUCAAGCUGGAAGAGUGAUCGAGUUAGCUACAGAGGAUGGCUUCUCUGGAACGGAGCCCUCAUCAUCUCCAGGGCACAUUGUGGAAUCCACAGUGCAUUCAGGAGCUCCAGUUUCAGCAGCUACAGAUGCAACUGAGACAAGCAGGGAGCCAGAAGAGACCACAAGGGAUGAAGACGUGGUAUCAUCUGAUUUUGGUCAGAGUAGAGACACUACAAGUGUAGCCCACAUGAGCAGCUCCCUGGCUUUGGAAAUGACCACAGUAUCCAAAAUACCAGUGGAAGAAAGUAGUGCAACCAUAGGGUUUUUUAGCUCCCCAAGUGUAACUGUAUGGCCAAGUGCUGUGCCCACAGCUGUGGGGGUAACUGAGCGUGAAGGAGAUGACACAUCAAGGGCAGAGGGAACUAUUAAAUUUGCAGGUGUAACCAAGGUAGAUACUGCAGUUCCACAGAAGGAGUAUGAUGCUUCCCUAGUUCCAGUUACUCUAGAGAGUGAGGUCACUAGAGAUAUGCCAAUUACUGAUCAGACUCCUUUUGAUGAUGUCUUUCAUACAGAAGCAACAGAAACAACUGCAAAACAUAGCAAGGUGUUCCCAGAACUCUCCACACUGGACCAAGGUUUGGAACCAAGAACUGCCACACUGUCUGUGACAUCUGCCCACACACAUGAACCAGAGAUGUCACCAGGAUCUGAAUGGUCUCAAACAGCAGUUCAGGAGACUCUGGAUGAGACAGGCUCAGCUUAUGAGGAGAUGUACACAGCCACAGAGACACCUGUGCCUGCAGUGACAUCCACAGACCAUGGAGGAGUUCUGGCACCUGAGGAAACCAGCACCUGGUUGCACCUCACGGUGACUCCAGCAGCUGGAACUGCUCCUGACCAGGAUGAGGAGAUCACUGAGGUGAUGCCCAUAACUGCUGGAACUGAAGCAAAGACACAGGACAGCCCAGGAACCCCAACCAGGGAGGAAGAUGAUGCAGUGAGCUGGGAUUCUGUGCCACCUUCCCAUACGGUGCCAACAGGACAUUCCACGGUGGAAAGCAUUACUGACCUGACUCUGGGAGCUUCUCCAAGCCAGGCAACAGAAGGCUCAGGAAUGACUACAGAACCUGAGGAAACCAGGCCAGCUGUAUUUGCAGCUACAGCAACAGAUAGGGCUACAACUCUCAGCAGCACAACAACACCUUCCCUCGGUGCUGCAGACAAAGCUCAGCCUACAUCUGCAACCAAGCCUUUUGUCACUCAAAAGUCUCCACGCAUCAUUCCCGAGGAAGAAGAGGAGGUAACAAGCCAUGACAUCAUCAUAAUUGAUGAAUCUGUUUCUCCCAGCAAAGCCACUGCUGAGGAUGACCUGCCAGGAAAGAUGCUGGAGCCAGAGAUCGAUAAGGAAUAUUUCACAGCGUCCACUGCCACGGCAGUGGCACGACCUACUGCUCCACCCCAAGUGAAGGAGGCCACAGAGGCCUUGCAACCUCAGGAGGUGUCUCCUUCUACUUCACACCCUGAUAAUGACAUAAGAUUGUAUGUUAUUCAAAUCACAGGCAAUGACACAGAUCACCCGGUGAAUGAAUUUUUGGAUCUGUUCAAUCGCCACAUGCUUCCUCACGCAAUAGAUGAAACCCACAUUGAUGCAGAGUCAGCUCAGACUGAACCCUGUACUUCAGACUCUGUGCAGGAUUCGUCUGAAUAUAUAAUAUUGGAUCCUUUCUUUCCAAACUAUGCAGAGUUUGAGGAAGAUGAAGACUGUGAGAAUACUACUGAUGUUACAACCCCUCCAGCUUUGCAGUUCAUCAACGGGAAGCAGCAAGUCACCAGUGCACCUAAGAGCACAAAAGCUGAGGAGGCGAGGAGUGACCAAAUCGAAAGCGUUGCACAUUCCAAAAAUGUCACCUUUUCCCAAAUCAACGAGACAAACACAUUUAUCAUUAAUGAAUCUGAAGCUUCUGGUACUAUGCAACCAAGCAAAGCUGGAGAAGUAAUAGGGGCGUUCGAGGUCACGCAACCAACCUCAGGGGCUGCAAUGUUAGAGCCUGUCUAUAGUGGGGAGUCUGAAGUUGUUACAACAGAUAAAUCAGUAGCCACCACUUCUUCACACGAGCAGUCUGUGCAAAACAGCGGAGAGACCAUGACCUGGCAGGGAACUGAGGAGAGCUCCACUAAAGAUAGCAAAAACCCGCUCUUGAUUUCGAGUGAAUUCUCUGGAGACGGCUCCUCUGAAUCUGAUCUGUCCACUUCAGUCUUAGAAGUUGUGACAGGGUCAAGAAAGGAUGAUGAAAAAAGCUCUGGUAUAACGUCUUCUCCUGAUGCAUUUACUGAGGAAAGUUCUGCUGUAACUGCUUCUCUGGAGGCAUUUUUUAUUCCUGGUACGGAAGACAACGUUGUAACUGACCUUAUUUCAGAAAAGGCAACCCCUGCUCCUGGAGAUCAUUCUAAAACAACUCUCAAACUUAAUGCAAAUUCCCCUGGUGAAAACAUUCUGGAAACAAGUCAUACAGCAAAGCCUGAGAUGAAUGCUGCUUCAUUUAUGGUGCUGGAAGGCUCUGGAGAUGUGAAAGAUAGCAUCACUGUAACUCCAGCCGUGACAGAGGAAAUAGCAGUAACAGAAACACUUUCAAUGCAAGACAUUUCUUUGGGCUCCGGCACAGAACUGCUGACAGAAUUUUCUGUAACUGAUUCAGGAGUCACCUCUGCUUUGCCCAGAGCUAUAAGUACUCCUUCUUCUGCUUUUGAUCAAAGCCCUCAAGUAACUGUUGCCACCAACUCUGUGUCUGAGCUAAUUACGGAAAAAGUGUUUGCCAGUUCUCUUGUAACUGAAAAGAGUACUGAUAUUGAAAAAGAAAUGCACACCACUCUUUAUGGAGGUCAUCAAAAUUCAGCUACUGCUGCAGAGGAAAAUGUGGAUUUGAAUGAACUUGGGAGCACUACAAGUGAAGUCAGAACUGUAAGUCAAGAGCCCCUCAGAAGAACAGUACCAGGUACCAUAAGUUCUGAAACCAAAAAGGUCACCACCAUUCCUCUCCUGAGGGAGAAGAAGCUUUUUGUAAAUGAGGGAUCAGCAGAAGAGCCUGCAGACAUAUUUUCAGGGGGUUCCACAAGCAGAGUGGUAAGUAUUGGCUCCCCAUUUAUUGAUCCAGGUUCUGGAGACACAGAUUUUGUUGUUGAGUCUGCUACUUUGACUUCGGUCCCGUUAAGGCCUGUCACUGAAACACAAACAGAAAUGUAUGAGGGAAAAAUUUACAGCACAGAUGGUGCUCCACCAAAGGAUGCAACAACAGAAUAUGAAAAACAUGCAAGAACAGAUGAACCUGCAGCAACAGUUUUGAGUACUUGGUCAGAGAGCUUCACAGAGGGGUCUGGAGUAGAAAGUCAGAUGUCCCUGGAUAUGUUUAGUACCAAAACCCCAGGAGAAACAAACAUGGAAACAAAACCAACCUACACAGCUCCUUCUGACAUAAAAUCUGGUUCCACAAAAGAGAUAACAUCUCACAUUGCACCAGGAAUUGAAACUGGAGAUUCAGAAAUGGGUGAGACCACAUCCCCUCCAGGAUCUGUGGUCAGUAACAACCCUCAUGGGGGCUUGGUGACACAUGGUACUGGCAGUAAAAAAGCAGUAGCUGAAUCUACAGAAAGCAAAGAUGCAAGAGUUGGUUCUUCAACUGUCUCCUUGGGCAAGAUUUUCCUGAUUGAGCAUGGCUCUGGAGAAGAAUUCAAAGAUGACAGCAGCACCACAAAACUCAUGUCUAAUGGACCUACGGAAGAAAUACUUGGAGAUCAUUUCUCAGUUACUGACCAGGGAUCUGGAGAACCAGACUCAUCCACUGGGUCAUUUACAGAAACAUCAGUUGCCCCUACUGGGAGACCAGAAACAUGGGAAAAGGAUGACAGACAAGCUGUCAGCACAUCACCUCCGAGUCCUGCCUUCACUACAGAUCCUGGUGAGCAGGUCACCAGUCCUGAACAUGAGGUAACCUCCGUGGGGACUGCAGGGGACGUGAGAACUGAGGAGAAAACUGUUGAUGAGCUGAGGGUGAGAACUUUUUCUACGAAAAUUCCUUUGAUGGAAGAGAUACAUUCUGGGGAAGAGAUGGCAAGUGAAAUUUCACCAAAAGCUACGGAAUUUUUUGAAGAAACAACAACAGACCUGUUCUUUAAAAGUACACAAACUAGCCAUGAACAUCUGGGAAUUUUGAAUGUUCCAACUCCCAGUCCUUAUCUGGAAGAAAAGGAAUUAGAAACUGAACCUGUUAAAAAAACACUUUUGCCAUUUAAUGAUGACAGAGUAACUGAGGCUGCAACAAUUGAAAGGAAAUAUGUAAGCUCUCCAGUCACAGUUGUAGAGCAAGAGGAAGAGCUGGUGCAAAACAUUUUCCCUACUAAAGAUAUUCCCAGAACGUUCCUGACACCUAAGGAAGAAAAGCUGUCAAAUAACGAGCUCACUGGUGAUCCCCUGUUUUCAGGACAGGGGUCGGGAGAUGACCUUGCUGCUCUUCCUUCUGUGGUGCCAUUUGUUGUCCAAAAAAUCAAGAGUACCUCAAGCCCUGAAACUUCUCACCCUACAACUAUGGGACCUGGACUUUCCACUGACAUGACACAAGACUUUGAACGAGGAAGCACUCCAGCAGAUGCUGAAGUUAUUGAAGAAGUCACAAGUGCUGUAGCUGAGCUGCUGCCGGAAACUGGAGACCCAUUCCCCACCUCCACGUUCCCCAGUUCCUCAGCUUUGGCAGAAGACAGCUCCAAGAGCUUCAUCUCUAAAGAGACUGAAGACACCACACAUUAUUUUGUGGCAAAUGAAGAACCACAGGAAAAGGAAACUGACUACAGGAGAGGAGAAAAUGAAACAGAUAAGACAACACCCACGUCUAAAGCUAUUUCUCAAGAGGAAAAUUCACAUUUUCUGAUUAAAGGUGGCACAACUCCUGUAUCUGUUAUACUGAAUGGAACUCCCAGCCCUGAAACAGAGGAAUCUCUUGUAACAUCAGCCACAAAAACAAUGGGCAGAGUACUACCAGAGGGCUCUGGGGAAGGAUCUGGCUGGGUUGGUGUUUCAGAUUCAUCUUCCCCUGAUAUGUUUACCCAUUUCUCAAUACCCACCGUAUCCAAAGUGGAACUAAAUGUUUCAUCUAGUGUUCCUGGACAUGUCUAUUCCAAAGUUAUGACCACAGAGGCUCCGAGAGAUGGAUCACAGACUGCAAUCACAGGACUAGUCUCCCUUUUUACAGAAGAAACAGAGGUUUUGGUAAAUCCAUCUGCUGCUCAUCCAAAGACAGCUUCAUCAGAGGAACUAACAAGCGAUGCUGGGUUGUAUGAAAAAAUUAUUCCUAUGAUUGAUGACAAAAAAAGUGUCAUACUGAACGUUUCUGUUUAUGGUGAUAUUACCCUGAUUGAAGAACGACUGCAAACCCCACCGGAAGAAACAACUAUUAUAGACAUGGAUCACUCUAAAUCAAUGCCUGAGGAUAUAAUAAGUGUGCAGACAAUGCCAAAUCCCAUUGCACAGUCAACAUAUGGCUAUGACGACAGCAUGACAGCUGAAGGGGAGAAAUAUUAUUCCACUCCCAGGUUUUCCAUCGCCACAGAAAAGACACUGGGAUCUGGUGAUAAUCUUCCUCUGACUACUUCCAGUCCACCAAGUAGAGAGUUGGUGACUUCUGGGCACAGACCAGCCUCAGGAGAUGUGGAUUUGGGUUCAGGGGAUGACAUGAAUUUUGCAACAGAUACUCUCACCACCACGGAACCCUCUGAACUGGGCAUUUUCCUUCCUACAGUGCCAUCUCUGGCAAGCCCUCAGGUGCCUCAUGAGUCCCAACCUGUUGUAACCAACCCCAGAGAAGACACCCAUGAGCCGAGUACUUCAGCAAACAGCCAAGUAAUAGCAGAUCAAAGUGAAACAAUCUCUGGCUUUUCUGGGAUGGGCCAAGAAGAGCUGGCUGAUAAUCAGCCUGUGGCUCCUUCUCUUACACCAGUUGUAACUGGUGAGCCAGAAAAGGCUUUGACAACUGGCGAGCUUGAGUUAAGUGUUGUCACCACGCAGCCAACAUCCCAGCUGACAACUGAGUCACCUACCAAGGGUGCAGGGAAUCGUCCCACGGUGUACACAAACACAAAAUCAGCAUCAGCAGAGUAUGAGGACACAGAUCCAGUGAGUUUCUAUUCUGUUUCUCAAACUCCUAAAUCAUCAGUAACUGUUCAUUUAGUAAACGGAGUAUCUGAGUACCCUGAGGUAAUAAUUACAAGCACAUCAUCAUCAUCAUCAUCAUCAUCAAGGGAUUCACAUCAGUCCAAUCACUCAUCAGGAGGAAUCUUCAAAGAGGUUAGUUCUGAUAUUACAGCAACAUAUAAACCACCCACUAGUGACCUUAUUGACACGACAGAAUCCUCUCUGCUGGAGCUGUCUCCCGAGCCUGUUUCAGACAGCACAAGCACAGAAAGCACUCCUCAGUUUGGCAGGCUUCUAACUGGUGGGACAGAGGAGACAGAAACCCCUGGAACUGAUUUAGCUGGUGAGGAAGAAGCUGCUGUUUCUGGAGAUUCUCCAUCAAUACAUGUCUUGCCUACUGCUUUUCUGAGUUUUGGAGAAAGAGCGAGCACAGAUAUUCCAAGAGUCAGCACAACAGAUGUCGAAGCUUCCGCAGGGAGAGUCAAUAAUCCCCACCAAGAGGAAGACAGGACUGCUGAGAGACAGAACCCCUGGCUCAUGUCCACAACUGUUUCAGACUCACCCAACAGCAUCGAAAGUGAAGGAUUUAAACCUGGCCAGGAAGCAGUUACAAUGCUAACCUCGCCCUCCCAGCUUUUGGAUGGAGGCACAGAAACACAGGCGGCUUGGUUUGGUCAGGGGGAGAUCACAACCACCUCUUCUAACAUUGCAACCAACAGCAUUGCCCCUGGGAACAGUCCCUACCAAAAGGAGCCAUCAACACUGAGCUCUGAGGAGCCAAACUCUGUGGAAACUGUGACUUCAUCCUUUUCCCUCCCGGAAGUCACGAACGGAUCAGAUUUCGUGAUUGGCACCAGUGUGGGUUCAGUUGAAGGCACAGCAGUGCAAAUUCCAGGUCAAGAUCCAUGCAAGAGCAACCCCUGCCUCAAUGGUGGUACCUGCUACCCACGUGGUUCCUUCUACAUCUGUACCUGCCUGCCAGGUUUCAACGGGGAGCAGUGUGAAUUAGAUAUCGAUGAGUGCCAGUCCAACCCGUGCCGGAACGGAGCCACGUGCAUUGACAGCCUCAACACCUUCACCUGCCUGUGCCUGCCCAGCUAUGUCGGGGCUCUCUGUGAGCAAGACACGGAGACCUGUGACUACGGCUGGCACAAGUUCCAGGGGCAGUGCUACAAGUACUUCGCGCACCGGCGCACGUGGGACACGGCGGAGCGGGAGUGCCGCCUGCAGGGAGCACACCUGACCAGCAUCCUGUCCCACGAGGAGCAGAUCUUCGUCAACCGUAUUGGCCAUGACUACCAGUGGAUUGGCCUCAAUGACAAGAUGUUUGAGCGUGACUUCCGCUGGACUGAUGGUAGCCCACUGCAAUAUGAGAACUGGAGACCAAACCAGCCAGACAGCUUCUUUUCUGCUGGGGAAGACUGUGUUGUUAUAAUCUGGCAUGAGAACGGGCAGUGGAAUGAUGUCCCAUGCAAUUACCAUCUCACUUAUACCUGCAAGAAAGGAACAGUGGCUUGUGGCCAGCCUCCUGUCGUGGAAAAUGCAAAGACCUUUGGGAAGAUGAAGCCCCGUUAUGAGAUCAACUCCCUCAUCAGAUACCACUGCAAGGAUGGCUUCAUCCAGCGCCACAUCCCGACCAUCCGCUGCCAGGGGAACGGACGAUGGGAUAUGCCCAAAAUUACUUGCAUGAAUCCCUCCACAUACCAAAGGACUUACUCUAAGAAAUACUACUACAAACACUCCUCAUCAGGCAAGGGGACGUCGUUAAACUCGUCCAAGCACUACCACCGCUGGAUCAGGACGUGGCAGGACUCGAGGCGCUGAGAGCUAAAUGGUGAAUUGGGGAUUUCCACCAUUUCAGCCAAAGUCAUAACUUUCUGUGCCUUUUUCUAUCACUUAUAGGAGUAUUAUCGAAUCGUUUUGAAACUAAGGACUGCAGUAUUCACGACGCGUUUUGCAAAAAAAAAAAAGGAAAAAAAUAAAAAUUGCAGUGUUUAUCAGAAAAUUUAAGAAAUAAAUAAAAAAAGAGGAGAAGUGCUUAUGGGGAUAAAAGGAAACCAUUUCCAGCCUAUAAAGAUUAUUAGUUUUCUAUAUGCCAUCGGUGUGGACCAUUUUAUGAUAUGUACCAGCCUUCUGCAAUAUUUAAACAGCUCAAUUUUAGCACCAAUGAAAAUGUAAAUAAGAUGAUUUUAAUGUUGUUUGACUGUGUGUUGUUUUUAAAAUCCUGUAUAUAAAAUGAAAAGUCACACUAAUUUCAGGCAUAUUUAUGGUUAGAACGGCCUCAGAGGUCUUCAGUCAUUUAUGACGUUGUUUCUGUGUUGUUUACCUAGGCUGGAAAUGGUUGAAAUAAAGACUUCACUGACUGAAAUUUGCAAUUAUCAGGUGAAGAUAAACACACAAGUGACAUGACUUUUUUUUUUUUUUUUUUUUCUAUUUAAUGGGAGCUGUGCCAAUUCCCACCCAAGGUACAGUUUGUGUCCCAUGAGAUGAAAAGUUUAGGCAGAGCACAUAAAAGUGGCACGAAGCAUGAACUAGGGACUGCAAUAUGGAAUGUUUUUUCUGCUCUCCAUUCCAGCUUCAGCACAUGUGAGAAAGGACUGUGUGGAGGAGUUGUGUAUGACAAGGAGAGCCUGUAAAAUUCCAAGUGCUAAUACAUUAACUUUAUCAACCAGGGCCACUUUUUUGUUGUUGUUUAUUUGUUUUUUUGGCUUUUUUUGAGAAGAGAAAAAAAAGGAAACAAGGAAAAAAAUUACUUUCAUGAUAUUAACCACAAGGUCUAUAUUACAGGUCUCUGCAUUCUAAAAUGGAGGUAGACCUGGUGUUUGGGGGAUUUUUUUUUUUGUAGAAAACAAACAAAAAUCAAAAAAGUAAAUAAUUUUGUAUAUAUAACCAUUUUUUAAUCUUUUUAUAAAGUAAUGAAUGUUUGUGUAUGAAUGCUGCAGCUGUGAAGCGUACAUAAAUAAAUGAAGUAAGCCAUA